AUGCCUCCAAAAACACCCACUUCCAGCAAACACAAGAAGGGUGCAAACUCCAUCACACCAUCACCAAAGACACCUUCGUCAAGUAAAAGCCAAAGUGGUGGAAGUGCAAGUAGCAAGAAAUCUUCAUCAUCAACACCUGGUACAAGUAGUAGUCUGUCAUCAAAAAAGAAAUCAAUUUCUCCUGGAGUUAAAUCAGCUUCAAUUCUUUCCUUCUUCCAGCCUUCGAAAGGUAAUAAUAAUUCUUCUUCUGUGACUCCGAAGAAGAGAAGUAUUUCGGAGGUAGAUUCACAGGGAAAUACUGCAGAGGAUGCCCUGAUUAUUCUCGAUGAUGAUGACAAUCUUGUUGGUGAAAUGGUCAACAGAACUCCUUCCUCUUCCGAUGGUGGUAAAUUAUUCUCAUCAGCAAUUAUUGAUAUUGAUGGUGGAAAAGAUCACGAUUCACAUGUUGUGACCAUUCUUGAUAAUUCACCUCUUACAGAUUUGGUCAAGCAGGAUAGUCAGCAACGAUUUGGUAACUUAGACUCACAGGGAUUGAAUGAAGAGGAUUCAUUUGAUGGAGUGAGAAGCUAUUACUUGUUUCACUUUUUGGAAAUUUUGGAUACUGUCAUGAAGAGAGAUGGCCAUCUAUUUAUCGAUGAAGAAAAGCAGUAUAUCAGUAAUUUUAAAAAUCUUUGUACAGCAUCUCAACGAUUGUAUAUUAGAAUGUUUAAUAGAAAACAGAAAUAUUUCACAAAAACCGAGUUGGAUAAAUAUAAGAAAGAGUUGGAAAAAACCAUAGAUAUUAAUGAAGAGGAUAGCGAGGAGAGAAAGAAAAAUCAAGUGAUAUGUUGCAAGAGUGUGAAAGAGGCACUCUCACAUCUUGGUAGUGUACAGCUGGUUGACAGCUUAUCUAUUGUGGAUAGGGAACAAUCAUCAACUGAGUGGAAUAUUGACGAUUUGAAAAGCUUGCUAUCUGAAUUUACAAACAAGCAAUUGAAAGCAAUUAUAGACAAGAAGAAUCUCAGUAAUAUUGUAAAAAAAGAAAAAUCCAAAAAGACAACAGAUUCUCCAAAACAAGACCUUAUCAAAACAAUAAUUACCAAACCAGAGUCAUUGAACUCUGUUGGAAGCGAUGGGAAACAACAAAAGAAGCUUACCUUUCUCAAAAAGAAGGAGCCGACCGAAUCAAAACCACUAGAUGAUAGUGCCAAAGAUUCAGAUCCAACAAUAAUGAGACCAUCUGACAUCCUGAAACUUAUUGCAAAAGCAUCAACUUCUAGCAAGGAAAUUGAAUCAAUGUACUAUAGAUUAGGAUCAUAUGGGAAAACUAUUUUCAAACGUAUUCAUCACCUCUAUUUUCUUUCACAAUCAGCUGAUAACGCAACCAUUAUGAUUUUAGAACAAAAGAAGAUUGCAAUCUUCCCAAAAUAUGAAAUUCAAGAACAAAAGAGCUUGUUCAGUUCUCGAGAGGAUUUUAUCAAAUACGAAGAAGCAUUUGAUAUCGCCAAUACAUGGAUGGAUUCGAUUGACGUUCCUGAUCCAACUCCUAACAAACAGAAUGGCCAAGAUGCACAAAACUCACAAGAUGCACUUCUUUCAACCAUAGAAAUGAGAUUGGAUAUGAUUCAAAAGAGUAAUGUAGAUGGAAUUGUUGAAAAAUUCAAUAAUUUUGCAAAAGAUAUCGCAUCAAGAUUGGAGCAAGAUACCUCAAUUUUGAAGAAAAUGUACGAGGAAUCCAAUUCAGAUUUCACGAUGGAUUAUUAUUUAUUAAGAUUUAGAUGUGGAUACAUUUAUGGAAGACUCUUGUGGUUCUGUGUUAAGGUGUUAGAGAGAAAUAAGAAUUAUGAAUUGGCCAUACAAUAUACCAAGCAAAUAAUAGAGUCACCAUUCAUGAUAGGUAAAAGAGGAGAGUUCUAUAAUAGACUAGCACUCGAUUAUGAACAUUUGAAAACUGAAGAGUCCUAUAAGAAUGCUCUUCAAUCUUGUAAGGCUGGAAUUUUCAAUGAGACUGGUUCUGUAUUUGCUAGGAGUAUUAGUUUGCCGCCUAACAAGUUGUAUGCUCUUGAAAAACGCUACUUUAGAAUUUGUAAAAAGUUGGAAAAGAUCAAUUCGAAACUAUAUUCUUCCCUAUCCAAAGAAAGCUCAGUAAUUGAUAAAUUCAUCUCCACCAAUGUUAAACCACCCAAAUUAGUAUACAUUCAAGGGAAAACAAAAAAGUUAGAAAAUAGAAAAUAUAGAGAAAAGAAACACCACUUUAUUUCACAUAAGGACAACGAAACAAUUGUGAGUGUGGAAGAUUUUGCUAUGGAACAUUAUGAAAUGAAGAAUUGUAUGCAAGGAGCACACUCUGAAGGAUCUUUGUGGGCCAUGAUGUUUAUGCUAGUAAUGUGGAAUAUUGUUUUUGACUCAUCAAUACCAUAUGUAUUCCAGAACAAGUACCAAUCGUGCCCUCUUGAUUUCAUGACUGAUGCAUUCUACAUACGUAGGAGAGACAAGUUCAAGAAACGACUGGAAGAAAUUGAAGAAAAAGGUGCUCAAUAUUUGAAAGAGCAAAUCAAGACAUGUUGGAAUGAAAAUUAUGGCGUUAAUGCUGUUUGUUGUAAUUGGAGAGCCUUUACUGAACCAACAGAGGAAGAUGGAGAUGAGGAAAUGACAAUGGAAAUCCAAGAUGAUGAUGAUUCGAGUAGCCAAACCGAAAAUAAGGAAAAUGAAAAAUUGGAAGCUCUCCUAGCUAUUGCCGAAUGUUUUCCAAUCAAGGUCACCACAACAAUUCUCCAAACUCUAGCAGAAGACAUUAAGGAAAAUAGAAGUGGAAUGCCUGAUUUAAUAUUAUGGAAAAUUCAGCAAGAUGGAAAACACGAACAUCUCCUCAGUGAAAUCAAAGGACCAGGAGACAAACUCAGUGAAAAACAAAUUAUUUGGAUUGAUCUACUCACGAAAGCUGGAUGUUCCAUCGAAGUAUGCCAUGUAAAAGUUAAAGAAGAUAGCUCAACAUCCUCCACUCCAGUAGAACAACAACCAAAAAAGAAACGAAAAUGUUCCUCCGAUUCACAAAUUGAAUUUCUCGAUGAUGAUUUGUGGGCUAGUAUUGAAGAACAAUCUACUCAACAGGAAGAAGACAAUACUGAUGAUGAAGACGAAGAGGUCUCUGAAAAUGAUGAAAUCGAUUUGUUAGAACCUUAG